UCAGGCAAGCCACUUAAUUUCCUCAUCUGUACUUUACAGGGAGCUUGCGAGGCUUCAGGAAUGCUUAUAAAGUUUGCUUUGAGAUCUUCUGAUGAACCCUGGCACAUUAUUAAUUAUGAGGUAGCCUGGUGGCCAUUAGUCCUACUCCUGACACUGGGUGUCGCCUCUGAGCCAUGGCUGUGUUGCCUUUAGCAACUUGCCUGCUGCUUGGGUUCUUUUCCUGGGGCUUGUCCUUUUACCAGCAGAAAUGCGGAAAAACCAGUUCUGUGGUUAAUUGCUGCACUUCCCUUCACGCCCACACUAUCGGCCUUCUCCUCUUCCUCAGCUUACACACACCUCUGUCUCUUUCCCUCUGCUGUGCUCUGUCAAUCCAAUAGGGUUUGCUCUCCAAUUUUAUUAACCCUACUGAUCCCUUGCCCCAAGCCCCUUCUCCCUUGGGCGAGCCAGUGGGCUUGAUCACAGGUAGCUGCCUUCCUGGCCCUGCCGUGCCCUGCCCAAGGGCAGCUAUUGGAGACAAUGGCUGAAAAGGGUGACAAGAAUAUGAAAGCCCUAAAGGAGGUGUGGAGGAGAGCUGAGAAUGCCUUGUGCGCAGACUGCGGGAAGCCAGAUCCUGACUGGGCAUCUUAUACUUUGGGUGUCUUUAUCUGCGUGAGCUGCUCAGGGAUCCACCGCAAUAUCCCUAACAUUAGCAAAGUUAAAUCCUUGAGGAUGGACCACUGGGACGAGGCCCAGGUGCAGUUCCUGGAGCAGCAUGGGAAUGUGGUGGCUAAAGCCACGUACGAGGCUCACAUCCCCAUUUACUAUUACCAGCCGACUCACGCCGACUGCCAAGUCCUGAGGGAGCAGUGGAUACGGGCCAAGUACGAGCGCAAGGAAUUCACUGAGCAAGGGAGACAUCUGCCGUAUUCCAACGGACUGAAGGAAGGGAUCCUAUGGAAACGGGGCCGGGAUAACGGGCAGUUCUUACUCCGCAAGUUUCUCUUGUCUGAGAGAGAUGGGUGUCUCAAGUACUUCUCCAAACCGGACGCAAAAGAGCCCAAAAUAAAUAUUAAAAUUGACACCAUCAAUGCCACAUUCCAGCCAGUGAAGAUCGGGAACCCCAAUGGCCUGCAGAUCAGCUACCUCAAGGACAACAAGACCCGCAAUAUCUUCCUUUACCACAAGGAUGGAAAGGAGAUAGUGGACUGGUUCAAUGCCAUACGCGCAGUGCAGGUUCAGUACCUGAAGGUGGCAUUUCCCGUGGCCAGUGACAAUGAGAUCAAAAGCCGACUAAUGCAGAAAUUCCUGAAGGAGGGAUACAUGGAGAAGACUGGCCCCAGGCAGAGAGAGGCCUUUAAGAAGCGCUGGUUCACACUGGAUCACCGCAGACUCAUGUACUUCAAGGAUCCAUUGGAUGCAUUUGCUAAAGGCGAAGUGUUCGUGGGCAAUAGGGAGCAUGGAUACAGUGUCAAGCAAGGGCUGCCAGCAGGGGCUCAGGGCAGCUUCUCCUGGCAGUACGGCCUCACCAUCGUCACCCCCGACCGGGAAUAUCUCUUCACCUGCGAGACUGAGAGUGACCAGCAGGACUGGAUCGCGGCCUUUAGUCAGGUCAUUGAACAGCCCAUGACCCCCCAGGAGUAUGCAAUUGAAGCCUACUUCAAGCUCAGCUCCUAAGAACCCCCCGGAGAACCUGACUACAGCUCUAUCUGCCUUAGCCCUGAGAGAGGGUGCUAUGGGAGAGAAGAGGAGCUGUGUACCAGAGAAUCUAGACUCUCCCAGUACAUCAUGGUUUGGAGCACUUUUUCUUAAACAGAUCAACCAACCUCCCUUUGUUGCUGGGGGGCAAAUUAGGCUGUACCCCUUUAAAUGGAAGACACAUUCCAAGACUGAACACUCAAAGCAACUAGUCACUGAGACCACUCCUAAGCAGUGUUGUGAUCGAACUGGAGACUGGAAGGGUCUGUCAUCCAAUCAGGCUUUGAAGGUUUGCGUACCACAGGUGGUGAAGGAGGCGGGGGGGUGUUGUCUUUUAAACUUCCGUUAUUGUACCUUACUGGAAAAGGGGAAGCCACCAUAAAAGUGGAAACAGCCAAGCACGCAGUCAACAUGGGUGGUUUGCAAGGUGGAGUGCAGCUCUGGCAGUCAACAGCUAUAGCCUUGUCAAGUUACAUAUUCACAGGCAACCUUCCUCCAGAAUUCUGCUGCAAAGAUUAAAGUAUUGUGCAUGUAUAAAUUAGGGGAUCAUUGAUACGAGUAUGGGGAAGACACUAUAUGACUAUCGAUGGUAUGGCAAAAGCUGAGACUGUUUUCAUUCUGAGCUGUACGUUUUAACAGUUGUGUGCAUUCCAUGAUAAUAAUACCUAGCUCUUAUCUAGCACUUUUUAGCAAUAGACCUCAAAGCACUUUACAAAGGAACAAGUAUCAUUAUCUCCAGUUUACGGAUGGAGAAACUGAGGCACUGGGAGGUGAAGUAACUUGCUCAAGGACCCCGAGCAGACCAUGAGAGAGCUGAAAACAACCCAGGUCUCCUGAUUUCUAGUUCAAUGCUCUAUCCACUAGGCCACACUGCCUCCAUAGAAGUGUAAUCCACUGGAUUGGCAUGUGGGUUCAUGUUCUCCUAUUAGUGCCUGGCCCCAACAAGUAUAACAGCCUACUACUUACACAUAGCUAAAGGAGUUCUUCACUAGCUCAAGCAGUAAAGGCCCGUGUUUUGGAUCUGGAAGUUGCAGGUUCAACCCCUACGGAUAUCUGAUGUCUCCCUGGUUUAGUACACAAGCAGCAUGUGUAUGUACAUAGUGUCUAUUAACAGGGGCUAACUGGACUUAAUGGUGCAUUCAGUAAUGUAAUACACAGAAAGAAAUUAAUAAAAAA